AUGUACGCUAUGACACGGUUGUUUGGUAGUUUACUGUUAUUUAUUGUUUUAAAUCGCACCACAUCAGGUUUGUUUUUGGGACCAUUUAAGGAUACGGAAUUGAAUGGAGUCAGAAAAGCAUCUCGUUGGAACUUGCCCUGGCUAGGAGUUGGUAUUUGGUGUAAUGGCUGCCCACCAAGGAGCUGCGAGGACGACGAAGCUAUCAUACACGGGUACUGCUGUGGCUGUGCUUAUGCUAUGGACAAGUUGCCCGUGUUGUGUCCAGAAUUUCUACAAUGCCCGCUAAAUCUACAUGGACUCUGUCACGAUUAUGAAUAUAUGAUGAGAUGUUGUUGCUGA